CGCGAUCCCGUUUCAUCAAAUCCGGAGACCGAGAGCUGAGGGAGAAAGCGAAGAUCAAAGGAAAACCCUCAAACCCUAGCCACGAACCAUUUCCGCCUCGUUCUAUAUCCGAACCAUUUCCGGCAGCGGUGGCAGGCCCUCAUUCGAUCCGCCCUAGGCCUAGUGCUUACUUUUUUCUCCUACUCGUGUUCGCUUCGUUCGAGUUCCUGAAGCGAGCUUGCUUGGGAGAUCAAUCGGGCUUCUUUUUGCGAAAUAAAAUUUGGUGAAUUUGUUCUGUCGGGAGGCAUAAAGGUGAAAUCUUGUCCCUGUGUUCGCGCUCACUUUACCACUACGUCUAGGGUUUCAGCGUUCGAAAGUGUUUUGAGGGUUUUCCUGUGGUGGGAAUUAACGAAGCGGCCAGCUUGCCUCAUCCUUCUCUGGGAUGAAUAGUGUUUUCAAUGAGCAGAUACUAGCGGAUAAGCUGUCUAAGCUCAACAGCACUCAGCAAUGCAUCGAGACUUUGUCACAUUGGUGUAUUUUCCACCGUAAGAAUGCAGAACAGGUAACUCAAACCUGGGAUAAACAAUUCCAUAGCUCACAAAAGGAACAGAAGGUGCCUUUUCUGUAUCUAGCCAACGACAUAUUGCAGAAUAGCAAACGAACUGGAACUGAGUUUGUUAGUGAAUUCUGGAAGGUCCUUCCAGCAGCACUUAAGGAUGUUCUUGAGAAUGGUGAUGAGCAUGGAAAGAAUGUUGUGUCCCGGUUGGUUGGCAUCUGGGAGCAAAGGAGAGUAUUUGGGUCACGUGCCCGUGACCUGAAAGAAGUGAUGCUUGGGAGUGAACCUCCUCCUUCAUUGGAUUUGAACAAAAAACGGUCACGUAGUUCUGUCAGAAUCUUAAGGAGAGAUUCCCGUUCAAUGAGAAUAAAAUUAUCAAUAGGAGGAACAGCAGAAAAAAUCGUCUCUGCUAUGCACAGUGUGCUCAAUGAACACCCCGAGGAGGAGUCUGAAUUGAACAAAUGUAAAGCUGCUAUCCGUCAUGUAGGGAGAUUGGAAAAGGAUGUUGAACAUGCAUGUGCCCAUGAUGAAGAUCCCCGCAAGGAGAAAUUGGCAGCAGAGCUGCAGGUGCAAGAGAUAGCUCUGAAGGAGUCAAUAGAGAAGCUCAAAUUAGUUGAAACAACUCGUGCAGCUCUUGUGGCUCAAUUAAAGGAAGCAAUAUGGGAACAGGAAUCGGAAUUGGAGAAUGCCCGCACCCAAUUACAGCUGGCACAAGCUAUGGUUGAAGUGGCUGCCAACAUGCAGAGGCGGCUCAACAAUGAGCCACUCUUGGCUGACUCAAAUGGACCCUCAACCAAAGGCCAAAAAAAGACUGCUGCUGCUAUUGCUGCUGAGGUGGCUGAUAAGCUUGCAGCCUCCACUCAUUCCCAGCAAAUAAUGACAUCAGUUCUCUCCACCUUUGCUGCUGAGGCUGCAAAGAAUGUAGGCCUUGCGACAUCAAGUAAUCCAUCUAAUUCUUAUUCCAUAACCCCGCCUGAUAGAAGGAUGGCGGCGGAGAAGCCCUCGCCAAUCUCUGAUACCACUGCAUCAGCUUUAAUUCCCCUUCAGCCGAUUGUCGUUUCCACACAGCAUCAGCCUCAAGCUGUCUUGGUGCAGCAGGGUCACGUUCAAAGCCAACCUUCAGCAUCCCAGACACAAUUCAACAUGUACCCAGUUUCCACACAACAGUACCUUCAGCCUUCUGGUGGUGUAAUGAUUGGCCUACCAUACACUUUUAACGCCUUAACUCCACCACCACCAUCACCUCAGAUAAUAAAUCUAGCAAGACCAUCUCCAUUGCCACAGCAGCAACAGCCAAUGGCUAUGAUGCAACCACCACCGCCUCCUCCAAUGCCCUUGACCAUGAACCAGCCGUUGCCCAUGAAUCAACAACCACCUCAGUUUACCUUUCAACAGCACCCAGCACCUCCAAAUUAUAGGCCACUGCAACCACCUGGAAUGCCAUUUUACCAUUCUUAAACAUAGUAAUAAGGGACGCUGAAUCCCUUGUGAUGUACACACCUAACUAUCACACUAAUUUAUCAAACCAGAAUGUGGAUGUUUUUUUGCUACACUAGCAUUGAAAAUGUUUCCGUGGCAAUAAUUAUGCCAGAAUAGAA